AUGCGAUCAAGGGGGAUUAGUGAGAACGAACCGGGUAUUCCUGCCGAGAAAGACCCGGAAGUUCACCGACAGAUCGCCAAGCAGCUCGUUCCUGCAUUUAGCACCAAAGCUCUGAGAAAGCAAGAAGAUGUGAUCCAUCAACAUGUAGAUGGCUUUGUCGCUCAGCUUCGCAAACACAGGAUGACAGAUGAUGAAGUCGAGAUGAAGCAGUGGCUCGACUGGCUCCUCUUUGAUAUCUGGGGUGACAUGGCGUAUGGUCGGGCAGUUUGA